AAUAAUUUGAACCUUUGAUUUGUUUUAGUGCGCCUUUUUAUUGUACUGGCCUCUUUUAUGUAGUGGCGACAAAAUGUAUUCCGUCAUUUACCGGAUGAACAAACUUGCAAAUUUCAUUGGUAAAGAAAGAGAUGAAUAUAAAAUGAAGGCUUCGAUAUGUGCUGGAAUAACUCACAAAAACAAUCAUCCUCUACACGAAUUGUUAGAUAUAAAUCUUAAUCAUGCUUUAAGGCUUUCCGUUAAUGAAAUCAAAACAUUUCUUUCACUCAUGGCAGAGGAUUUGAAGUUUAGUGGGGUGAACUCAUAUGAUGCUUUCACUGAAAAAUAUAAUGGAGUUAUUAACUUUUUAGUACACAUAAAUACGCACAACUUUCGUUUAAGAUUGGAGUGCAUGGAAAGCAGCGAAAUGAAUGCUGCUUAUGAUAAUCUGCUCGCGGAUAUACAUAAACGUCUUUUGCUCAUCCAACAACAUACAUACAAUAUUGACAAUUUUAAAAAGUACAGAAGAAAAAUAGCUGACCUUUUGUUUGCAGAAAACAAAGAAAAAUCUGUAUCUAAAUACUUUUCAGAUACUGAAGAAUUUCUUCAGCAGUAUACUUUUUCGGAUAACUCAAACACCACUCUUUGCGAAAUACUCUCUUGGUGGAAAGGUUACGCGAAUGUUCUGUUUUGUGUUCUUGACGAUUUCUACUCGUCAUCGGGCUUUGAUCUUGUGAAUACUCUGGUAAUUUACCUUAGGAAGUUGUCAAAUGUGACUCAUUCCAAAGUACUACUGUCACAAUUAUAUAUUCAGAAACUAUUAAGUGAUGAUUUUGGAAGGCUUUCUUUACGAGAAUUACGUAAUAUCAAUGAAAUUUUAAAGAUAUGGUCUAAUGUAUCAAAACAACUGAAAAGAAUUCAGCUAAAUCUUUCAACUCAGCUAGAUUCUGCCAAAACGGAUAUUCAUAGGGAAAUAUUACUUAGUGAUAGUUCAAGUGACCUGUUGGGUGAACAAUUCAAAAGUUCAAAAAGAAAUCCUAGUACAGUCUUCGACCUGAGCUUUUUUGAUUCCUUUUUCUUUUGCGAUCAAUCAUAUGAAUACACUGUGGAUACACGGCAUCACUCUUGUAGCCCUCUUGAGUCCCACAAACCUAAAAGUGCAUUAAAAAAACCAAGUGAUACAUCAACAAUUCCAGAAAAAGUGAAUAUUUCUAGAGAGGCAGAAAUGAUUCUACGGGAACCAGUUUAUACAAUGAAUAAAUCGUUAAUGAAAUGUUUAAUUCACGCAACAUUGCAAACUCUACAAGAUUAUGCAAGUCAAUUACAAUUUGGAUGUAAUCCAACUGCAAUUGACUUUAUGAUGAGUAGUAAAACGGAUUUAAGUCAAUGCGAAAAUAAUCUGAAUAUUGAAUAUUAUAACUGUUUAAAUAUACUUUUGCAAACUCCAGUAUUUGCUACAUCAGUACACGGACAGUUAUUCAAUCCAUCGGAUUUAUGUUUUAGUGAUUUUUGGUAUCAUAAAAAUCAAAAUAUACUCGAUGAACAAUUCAAUCCUGGUUUCACAACGCAAAAUAUGCUGUGUUCAUGGAACGGUGCUGUUGGAACAGGAGCAGGUUUACCUAUGCCUAGAAUUUAUAUUAGUAAGUCUUUACAGGCUUUUAUCGCAUUCAAUCUUGAAAUUCUUCUGCCGAUGAUAUUAAAUUUAUUACAAACGGAAAUCAAUGAACAACAGUCCAAAUCUCAAUCAGACAACCGGGAAAAUUCAAACAAUAAUUUUGAGAAAUCUGAUGAUGAUUUAAACAACAGGCAGUAUACAGAUAAUUUAAAUGAUGAUAGUCUGAGACCAUUGAUUUUUGAAGUGAUCACUGUUUUACUUACUAUUUUAAAUGGCCAUGGAUUAAAUAAGUCAUCCAAUGUUGAUGUUACUGAUAACUCUGCUACAGAAAAUAAUGAAAAUAAGAAUGAUACUGUGGAAUUUGUCGGUUUAACUGCACAACUGAGCACAAUUACAUUAUCUGUUGACUGGGAUUUAAAUGGGAUUGAAAAAUUAGCUUUAUGUAUUUCAGAUUGUUUAGGUCUGCGUGCAUUGUGUAGCUUAUUGGCAUCAAUAUUUGAUAGAGAAAAUGAAUUCCCAGUUAAAUCAUUCAAGUUUAAUGGACAGCAUAAUGUAACAUCCCUCUUCUUUGGAUGUGCAAAAGAAUACGAUGUUUCAAUACGUCUACUGAGUGAACAAAUCAUCGACAUCAGUUUAGUAUAUUACUAUAAUAUUGGUUUUACAAUUGAAGAAGAUUUAAAUUACUUAGAUAAACUCAAAUUACUGUUGUUGCCACACCAAUUUAAAUUACAAUCAAACAAAUCGAUAUUAGGCACUCAAUCAGAUAUUAAACAUUUAAGUAAACCUAUUCAAUCAAUAUGGUGUAUUUUGUCCAAUAUAUGGUCAAUAUUAAUUCAAACAUGUCCUGGAGGUUUAAGUAGACAGAUUAUGGCACAUGUUAGUUCAAAAAUCUUAGAGUCUGCAGUACAACAACUUGAUGUUUCUAAAAUAAAUUCGGGUUUAGAUUUUUCUAUGCAGCUUAGAGAUGAAUUAUGGUUAAUUCUUGGUAUUGCAAAAUUCGCGCUUUAUCGAUCAGCUGAAACAAUAUCUGAAGUACUAGGUGUAGGCAAUCUAUCAGUUGAGUUGAAUACAAUUCAUACAACAGGUCUACUAACUAGUCAAAUGCUAUUAUCAUGUUAUACUCCAAGACAUUUGUGGGAAAAACUUCAUGAAAAAGGAUUUUACAGUCAAAUAGCAGAAAAUACAAAUAAAACAUUUGAUUUCAGUUUAUCUAAUUGGUUAGCGAUUAUCGAUUCCAAUCUAUUCCAUGAUAUUCCAAUACAUUUAAUGAAAGAAUAUCCUCGACAAACUGAACUAGAAAUAGAAGUGGAACUAUUUUCCGUAUCAGGUCAUUUUGAUCCUGUUAGAAUAAUUAGUUUGUUAACUGCCUGGAAUUACAAAUUAAGUCUUUUAAUACUUGAAUCAUUGUAUGCGAAUCAAUCAACUGAUAUUUUAACGAAUAAGGAGAAGCUUGUAGCAAAACAACUGUUCAUCUCUAUGCUUCGAAUACUGGAUGCAAUACCAGAAUACACAGAUUUUUUGGGCAAAGUUGUGGAGUUAGUUAUAAUCCCAGAAUCAGAAAAGUGUAAUUUAUCAAUCCGGAAAUUAUUAAAUCAUGAAGAAUGGCCUUUAUGGUUUGAUGCAUUAGUGCAACUAUUGGCUGAACCACUAGGAAAAAUAUGGAUUCGUUUCAAGGAGUUAAAAGAUCAAAGAUUAGAAGAAGAUGAAUCCUUUCAUGAUUAUAAACUAGUGGAUAAAUUAAAUGAAAAUCCAACUAAUGUAUUCAUUAAUUAUACACCAAAACGAAGAGUUUAUUGGGAUCAUUUAUUUCCAUCUGGUUAUAUGCCAUGUGGAUGUCUAUUACCUGAACCAUUUAGUUUUAAUAAUAUAAAACAAUCUCAUAUAUGUACAUCAUCUAUUACUGACAUAAAUCGUGACAAUAAUAAUAACAAUGGUGAUACUAAUAUAUCAACAAAUAGUUCAACGAGACAUCAGUUGAAAAUCACUUCAAAAUUUGAAUUGGAAGAAGAAAUUGGUAAUUAUGCGAAUUAUUAUCAAAAAUGUGGAUGUAGUCAAGAGGUAUGGUUUGAAUUAGCCUCCGAUAUUAUACGUCUACCAGUAAUUAAUUGUUCACCAGGUUUACAAUCAGCAUUGACUAAAAUUAAUGAUUUUUUCAUUACGUUGACUAAAAAUCAAUCGGUAGAAUGUUUGGAACAAAUAAAUACUAAUAAUAAUAGCAAUUCAAUUGAUGGACAGCAUUUUGCAAUACAAUUAGUAAUAUUAUAUUUAAAUUAUCGAAUACAUGAUGAGAUUAAAACAAAAUCAUUGAAUAAUGAAUAUAAAACCCAACAACAGUCUGUGAUUGAACAAUUACAAUAUUCAAUAUUGUUGGAAUAUUUGAAAUCAUUGUUGAAUGUAAAUGACGAAAGUGAAGAAAUUAACGCGUGUAAAAAACGUGUGAGGUCAUUUUUAUCUGAAAGAAUUAACGAUGUGAAGUUAGUUUGUUUUUGCGAGAUAAAUCUUUGAUAAAUUUUAUUUAUUAUAAUGCUAAUUUUUGUUUAGUAUGAAGAUUUCUGGAGAUCGUUGUAUUUUAACAAUCGGAUUAACGAGAAAAUCUGAAAGCACUAGGAAGCCAUAUUGUUAUAGUAUUGGAUUCUUCAGCACUGCUCAUCCACGAUUCCAUACGCAGGACUGGAACUCAGGACCUUCAGUAUUGCGUGGACACUAAACCUCCAGAUCAAUGGGCCAGCAUGUAGGAUCGUAAACACUCAUUACUUCAGAGUCCAAUACUAGGAGGAAACAGCCGUCCAUUGCUUCCAGGCAUUCAAUUGUGGUGUAGCUUAGAUCGACUUGUGAAUUCGAUUAAAUUUUUAUUCAUUCAAAAAUUUCUUCACUUCGACAACAUGAAGUAACAUAAUUUAACAAGCUGAUGCGUAAUAUACAAGUAUUUUGUGAAAAAUAAUUAGUGGGAAAUAUGGAAUGAUAAAUGUUGUGUUUUACUAAUAUUCGUAGUGUCAGAAUCGACUAAUCCUUAUAAUAUUGAAGCCAGGAAAGAGAACGCUUGAGACAAUGAUUGGUAGAAGACAUAUAUAGUCUCAUUACUCAGUAAUUUUUGGAUAACUAAACAAUUAAAAAACCAUCGAUAAAAUUGAAGAUUCUCAACACUAUAUUUUAGAUACAGAAAUCAAAGUCGUCUUAUAGAAUUACUAGUGACAGGUAAUGUUUUAUAGCCAAGUAUGUGAAAAGACCAAUUGAUAGUCUGUUGGAAACGAAUCUGCAAGUGGUUAUUAAAUCUUGUCAUUCGUUAUCUACAGAAGAAUGAAAACAUAGACUUUUAACUUUCUUAUUAUAUCCUUUGAUGGGAUGUACACUAUCGCUUCUGAAUAUCAAAUUAUUUAGUCUAUGUUUUUAUUCUUCUAUAGAUAACUAAUGGCAGGAUUUAAUAACCACUUGGAGAUUCAUUCCCAAUUGACUAUUAAUUGGUCCACUUAGUCAUAUGAGAAUACUCAACCUGAUUUUAUUGAAAAUAUCUGUUAGACGAAAUCAGACCUCUUGAAAUAUUAGAUGAUUAAAAGUUGGCGGUAAAAUAUUCUGAAUUUCUGUCUUGUGUUAGUUGUUGCUUAUCCGUUAGACGUUAGUUUUGAUGUUGGUUUAACUGUUUCAAAACUGAGUCACUCCACGUUAUAUCCCGAAACUUUGCCUUUGAGUCAUUCUGUACGCAACGGACUUCUUGUAGGGUCUCCUGAUAAUUACAUCUAGCCAUCUAAUAUCCCAACAUAGUGUACUCGACAUCGAGUCAUUUUGAUUGAUGAUCACAUUACAACUUGAUCGAUAGAAUUCUAGCAGCAUUAAAAGACUGAACAAACAGGACAGUGAUCACCAGAAAUAUUAAUAAAGCCUAAAUUUCCAAACAUUAAAUAUCUUUGAUUAGUUAAGAAUGAUGAAUGUUCAAGUUAAUCUCUUGAUCACACAAAACAACACAGAAUAUCGUUAUCAUAGCCAAAAUUUUAACCAUUUUAACAUUGGAAAGGGUUUUUGUGGGUAUAAUAGUUAUUUUAAUAUUUGUGAUAAUGAAUCAACUGAAGCUAGACCACUAUGAAAAACCUGUAAGCACUGAACGGCCGUUUCAUCCUAUUGUGGGGCUCCUCAACAGUGCACAUCCACGAUCCCGCCUCGCGAGAUUCAAUGUUAAGCGUUCGCUCGCGCGACUGAUAAGUCCUGGGUUCGAAUCUCACGAGGCGGUAUCGUGAAUGCGCACUGUUCAGGAGUCCCACAAUAGGCUGAAACGGCAGUUCUAAUAUUAUUUUAAUUGUAUGUUAAACAAUAUUUUAUAUUUAUUAUUUCUUUUCUUCACUUUAUUUAUAGUGAUUCCGAAUUAUUUAUCCAAG